ACGCAAUAAGCCGUCCCUCCUCCUGGAGCGGCUGUGCCUAGAGUCCAUUCCAUGGCACUCGGGAGUCCAGCUCUGGUUCUUCUCCCUCUUCACCCAGGAUCCAUUGUGUUCCUGUCUCUUUGAUGAACCAUCCCAAGUGGUGCUGGCAGCAUGAAGACGGCCGAGACAGUACUGCUGGAGACCCUGGUCUUGCUGAGAGAAAGGGAGCUGCAGAGAUUCAAGGACAAACUGAGGGAAAUCCAGCCGAAGGAGGGAUACCAACAUCUCCCCUCUGGGAGCCUAAGAAAUGCGGAUCCUCGAGCCCUCAAGGACCUGCUCCUCCUUUUCUAUGGGAUGGACUAUGGGGCGGAGGUGGCUGCGGAGGCGCUGAGAGCCAUUGACCAGGGAGCCCUAGCAGAGAGAAUGGAGACACUCAUUGAUGCAUUGAGACCUGAGAAACAAAAGCAGCAUCCCUUCUUGGGAGGAGGUUUCAUGUUUUGGAAAUGCACACUGAACGAUGAGCAGUACCAGACAAUCAGAGCUGAGAAAACCAGCCAGGAGCAGAUGCGGAAGCUGUACGAGCUGGUGCCGGGCUGGAACAAAUGGCAGAAGGACCGGCUCUACCAGGCACUGAAGGAAACAAACAGAGACCUGGUUGAAGAGCUGGAGGGGGAACACUUUGUUGACCGGCACCGGGAGCAGCUGAUCCAGCGAGUCUCAGAAGUGGACGGAGUCCUGAAGCUACUUCAGGGGCACACACUAACCCCUGAGCAAUACCAGAGCAUCAGCACCGGGAGAUCCAACGUGGAGAAAAUGCAGAAGCUGUACGAGCUGGUGCCGAGCUGGGGGAGGGAGCACAAGGACCGGCUCUACCGGGUGCUGUGUAUAACAAACAGAGCCCUUGUUGAUGAGUUUGCGGGGGAACAUUUUGUGGAGCGGCACCGGGAGCAGCUGAUUCAACGCGCCUCUUCAGUUGACACAAUCCUGGGUGUGCUGAGGCGGAGCCAUUACACGUUGGACGCGAUGCCGCCGUCCGUGGGGCUGGAGACAACAAACAUACACUUCCCCGAAAAGCUAGAGGGUAAAAUCAAAUAGGGGAAAAUGACUUCCCACUGCACCGCCAGGGGGCUGCACCCCAAGCGCCUCCCACGAGGGUCACUAGCUAGGGUUGCCAACUCCCCCGGACCAGACGCCAUUUUGUGGCAACAGUGUCCUCAUUUUCAGCAAUGGCGUCCGGUCCGGGAGCAUUGGCAACCCGAUCACUAUCUCUGCUGUAGGCUAUUACCCCACUUGCUGGGACUGGACGCUGUUUUUUAAGCAGCUGGGUGGUGCCAGGGCAGGAGCUGCAGGGGGAUAUAAAUCACCCAGUAGCUUUAACUCUUCAAUGACCAAACUAGUGUCGUGGUGAAAA